AGGAUCCAGCAAGGCGGAAGUCUACAGCGCUGGGGAUUCCCCGAGGGAAGUUCCCAGCGCAAAGUAAACUAUGUAAAAUGUACAUUUGUAGACAUACACCAUAUCCUCUUCCGAACUUCAUAUUAUUUGUAGGCCACAUGAAGAACAAGAAGGUAUCGAGGUGGCAAAACAAUAUUGUGAAAUAUUUCUAAUGAAGAGCUCAUGCCUGCCGUGUCCGUGAUGACCGUGGAGCUCGCGGGAUGGAGAGGAACAUUGGAGAGCAGCUCAACAAAGCCUUUGAAGCUUACCGCCAGGCCUCCAUCGAGAAAGACGGCGCCAAAAGGGAACUUCAGCAGAAGACUGAGAGUUACGAACGAUACAUCCAGCAACUUCUGAAACAGAUCGAGGAACAGAAGCGAAAGAUUUUCAAACUUGAGGCUCAGUUGACAUCUAACCCAUCAGCAGGAGAGGUGAAAUGUGAGGAAGAAACUGCACUGCCUGUCAAUCAUCUCCUUGACAACACACAGUUCCAUAGGAGCCUGCUCUCGCCGGAGGUGAAUAUAGAGCCUGCUGUUGCUCCACCUCAGAUGUUACCUGUGAACAGCAGGAUGGACAACAAACAUGUCCUGGAGGCAUUCAAAGCCCUUCAAGGGAAUUUCCAUCAGAUACAGACUUUAACAAGAAGACAGAAAGAUCACCUUAAAAGAUUUUACAGAGGAAAUGAUAUGACAAAUGAGCAACAGUUCUCCAUGCCCAUCCAGUGUACGGACGGGACUGUGGAGGGGGGGGGGAGCUCGGCACCCUCAGGCCUGCCCCGAGGGUUGGCCCCCCAGCCACCGCGCGUCCCCCUGGCCCCCCUGGUCCCCCUGGAUCCCCCGGAGGAUAGGGACCUGGACGAGUCCCUCACCAAGCUCAGUGUCAAGUUCCCUCCUUCCACAGACAGUGAAUACGAGUUUCUGAACAGCACUCCAGACAGACAGGUGGCUCACCUGGGGCUGGCUCACCUGGGGCUGGCUCACCUGGGGCUGGCUCACCUGGGGCUGGCUCACCUGGGGCGGCCGCCAGGGAAGCUGCCCGCCGUCGGCAGCAUCGCCACAGCGCUGGACGAAGAGAUGUCUGGCGAGCUCAGCGCCCAGUUCUCCUUCCCCACGUCUUCCUCCGCCCCCCGCUCCCCGUCACACUCCCACGCUCGCCUGCGGGAGAGUGUGCGGGGACCCCAACAGCCUCUCUGGAGCCCUGUGCUGUGCUGUGAAGAAGCCCCACAGGGCAGCGAGGAGGAAGGGCACAGCAGCUCCAGUGACUGUGCCUUCUGCCAUGAGGUGGUGCCGCCCCAGCAGUGGAACAGCCACCUGUACUCCCACUUCAAUAAGGGAGCAAGGAACUGACUGCAGAGGAGGGUGCUUUGGACGUACAAUGCAACAGUAAAGCCUCCAGGAUGAACCUGGUUUCUUCGUGUCUCUGUUGCCCCACGGCGGGGUGAGCGUGCCAGGCGGAGGGGGACCAACACUGACGGUUGCGAUGGGACUUGAAUCCGCUCUCAGUCUUUUAUUUAAUUAAAUGUUGAACAAAAAAAAGGAGAAGUUGAAUGGUACUGUACAUUUGACAGCUAUAAUUUUUUGGUUUUGUAAAGGAUAAUUUUGGCACAGUACUUAAUAAAGAUAUCAUUAAUCUUA